AUGACCCCACACUCAUCUCAACAGACAACGACGACGAAACGACCAUUAACCGCUUCGACCACUAUAUCUUGUCCUAACACUGAUAAUGAGAUAAACGUAAUGGAUAAUCAACGAUGCAACACUGAUUUAUCACAUAUAUCACUAUCUCCACAACUGAAUGAUGUGGCAAAUAAUAGUAAUAAUACUGGUGCAACAUUAACAGACAAUUUAGAAGAUCCAUCACCAAUUAUCUUUUCUCCAGAAUCAUUCGAUUAUAUAAAAACAGUUGGCACUGGAACGUUUGGUCGUGUACAGUUGGUCAGACAUACAGAGUCAAAUACAUUUUACGCUCUUAAAACAAUGUCAAUAAAACGUAUUAUUGAAUCAAAACAAGUGGAACAUGUUCAAAAUGAAAAAUAUAUAUUAUCCAAAAUAAAACAUCCAUUUAUCGUUAAAUUACAAUGGACCAGUCAUACAGACCGUUUACUCUAUUUAUUAUUAGAAUAUUGUCCUGGUGGCGAGUUAUUUCAAAUGAUGAGAAAACGAGAAAAAUUUGAUACAAAAACAUCUAUAUUUUAUGCAAGCGAAGUACUGUCAGCCUUGGAUUAUCUACAUCAUCUGGACAUUUUAUACAGAGACUUGAAGCCGGUAGAGGUUGUCCAAAAUCGUGGACAUCAUAAAGCAUCAGACUGGUGGGCGCUUGGUAUUUUAAUUUACGAAAUGUUGGCAGGUAUGGGUUCAAGGUUAAUUUGACAUUGAUACUAUUAUCUAUUAAAAAAUAUAGUGCAGAAAAGUCUUUUCAGAAUAACGUUUGGUACACAAACAAUAAAGAGAUGCGGGUCUUGCCAGUUUAUAGAAGAUACUCGGGGAAAUCUAUUGGUAAAAAUAACAGGUCCAAAAUCCUGUCUGAAGGUGGUGUACCUGAUGGAUCUUCCGUAGGCAACGCUGCCGUUUCCUAGG